AGGAGAAGGGUCAGGACUAAGCCAUCCUUUUCUUCCCAUUGGCUGGAGCUUUCUCCCCUCAACUCUGCUUUCCUGUGGGCUGGCACCAUUAAGCACGAGAAGACAGGCCAUGUUGGCAUAGAAGAUGGGUUCCUAACCCAGUGUGCGUACCCAGGAUGCCUGCAGGUGGCUAGGACUCCACCUCACCAUGGGCUGCCCAGGCUGGUCAGUAGCCCUUUAACCUGGAGAGUGUCCGUCCAUGUGGCUCCAACUCCAGCUCUUCCCUGUGGGAUGGCCAUUGGAAGAGUCCCGGAAGGGACUCAACUCUCGGGUUCCCGUUGCACCUACCCGCCUGUGCCUAGUCCUUUGGCCUCUUUCCAUUCAGUGGUUCUAUUCCUACUUCCUAAUGUCAGAAUUAUGCAACUGUCCUCUGGAGUGGCUAAGGGCCUGAGGGGUGUGAAUGCAACCUGGAACAUAGAACAGACUCUGGCUGCACACUGUGAAAGACACUGGUUCUGGUCCCCAGACAUUCACAAGUUUACUACACCAGACAAAAAGGACCUUGCCCAGGCUCCAGUCCACAACUCCUGUUUUACAGGCCAGUCAAUCCUCGUGGGCAUCUCCUGCUGUGAUCUGGGGAGACCAUGUUCAAGUCCCCCGACUGCCUGCUGAGGAUGCUCAGGGGCACCCCCAGACAACGAGUCUUCACCCUCUUCAUUAUCUGUUUCAAGAUCACACUCAUUGUCUCCAUCAUGAUCUACUGGCACACUGUGGGUGCACCCAAGGACCAAGGACAACAGAAUAGCCUGCCAGUGGACAUCUCCUGCCCCCAGCUGGUCUUUCCUAGCAUCCUUGCCCCAGGUAACAUCUUCUUCCUAGAGACCUCAGACAGGACCAACCCUAGCUUCCUGUUUAUGUGUUCUGUGGAGUCAGCUGCCAGGGCACACCCAGAGUCCCAAGUGGUGGUGCUUAUGAAAGGACUGCGCGGAACCAAGGCAGACCUGCCUCAGAAUUUUGGCAUCUCUCUUAUGAGAUGCUUCCCCAAUGUCCAGAUAAAACCUCUGGACCUGAAGGAGCUGUUUCGGGACACGCCAUUAGCAGCCUGGUACUUGGAGACGAAGCGUAGCUGGGAACCCUACUGGCUGCCAGUACUGUCUGACGCCUCUAGGAUCGCACUCCUCUGGAAGGCCGGUGGCAUAUACCUGGACACAGACUUCAUCGUCCUCAAGAACCUGAGGAACCUGACCAACACGCUGGGCCUUCAAUCCCGAUACGUCCUCAAUGGAGCCUUCCUAGCCUUCGAACGACACCAUGACUUCUUGGCCCUGUGCAUGCGUGACUUUGUGGACCACUACAAUGGUUUGGUUUGGGGCCACCAGGGCCCCCAACUGCUCACCCGGGUCUUCAAGAAGUGGUGUUCCACCCGCAGCCUGGAGGAGAGCCACACUUGUCGUGGGGUCACUGCCCUGCCCCCUGAGGCCUUCUACCCCAUCCCCUGGCAGGACUGGAAGAAAUACUUUGAAGACAUCAGCCCUGAGGAGCUGGCCCGGCUGCUCAAUGCCACCUACGCCGUUCACGUGUGGAACAAGAAGAGUCAGGGUACACACCUAGAUUCCACGUCCAAGGCUCUGCUGGCCCAGCUACACGCCCGCUACUGCCCCAUGACACAUGAAGCCAUGAAGACGUACUUGUGAGGGCCCUCUGGGCUGCCUUCAUGUUAUAUCAGCACUGUGACUGCCUUUCCCAGGGAGGCGAGAUGAGCGAGCCGGCAGGAAAGAUGGCCCCGAGCUGCUGCUGCCAACUUCAGAGGAGAUCAAAGCUGGCACGGGGAGCAUGUGCCACCUCUAUGCACCUGCCCCUGAAGGCCAGGGUGAGACUGGUGGAUACAGUUUGCCCAGUGUUCUGGCCUGGCAAGUGAUUCUAGACUUAGUAGCAUCUGGGACCUUAAUGAGCUACAUCAGCAAGCCUGGAACAUGGGAAAGCAUCCUAAGGUAGCUGGAAGUCAAAUGGGGCCAGGGGCAGAGCUCAGAGAAGCCUGGGUAGAAGUGCCAAGAAGGGUGGGGCUCUCCCAGCUUCCUGAGCCCAAGGGGCAGGGCAGAGCUCACUGGGAACUCCAUCUUUCCUCCCUUGGGGCACUGCUCUGAAGAGCUGCCACAGUCCAUUUCAGUGUGCAGGGGAUGUGGAAAUUGUUUUGGCUUGGGAAAAGUGUUCUUUGGUUUGGUU